AUGCACAGGCUGUGUAGACGCCAAACCCUCUCCGCAAUCUCUCGGGUUUCGCCGAAGCAAGCCCGUCCCAUUGCUUCCACCCCACAGUUCGCUCGUAGUUUUGGCAGUUUCGCAGGCUUCAAAGUUCCCAGAGCUCGGAAUGAGCCAAAUCCACAAUAUGGCAAAAAUUCACCGGAGCGACUGGGCCUAGAGAACGCCUUGAAGUCCAUGAAGCAAAAACUCCCUCUCCAGGUCCCCGCUAUGAUUGCAGGUCAAAACGUUAAAUCCUCCAAACUAUCGCGACAGCCAAACCCAUCGGCGCACGCUGAAGCGGUGGCUGAAUAUUAUAAUGUUUCAGAAGGGCAUGUCAGCCAGGCAAUCGAAGCUGCCUUGAAUAGCAAGCCGGAAUGGGAACGGCUUAGUUUCACAGACAGAGCAGCGGUUUUCCUCAAGGCCGCUGAUCUUGUGGCCGGCAAAUAUCGCUACGAUAUCAUGGCCGCCACCAUGCUCGGCCAAGGAAAGAAUGCCUGGCAGGCGGAGAUAGAUGCUGCUGCGGAACUAGCGGACUUUCUUCGUUUCAACGUACAGUACGCCGAGGACCUUUAUGCGCAACAGCCACAGCACAACUCAAACGGUGUCUGGAAUCGUAUAGAGUACCGCCCGUUGGAAGGAUUUGUCUACGCUAUAUCACCGUUUAACUUUACGGCCAUUGGGGGCAACCUGUGUGCUGCGCCUGCACUUCUGGGGAACGUUGUCGUGUGGAAGCCAUCGCCGUCGUCCAUGGCUGCGAGUUAUCUCACGUACCAAAUCUUCCUCGAGGCUGGCCUUCCGCCCAACGUGAUUCAAUUCGUGCCUGGCGAUGCUGAGAUGGUUACCAAGGUUGUGCUUGGUCAUAAGGAAUUUGCCGCGCUCCACUUCACAGGAAGCAGUACUGUGUUCCGCUCAUUGUAUGGAAAGAUAGCUCAGGGGAUUGCGAAUGGCUCCUACCGGAGUUAUCCUCGCGUUGUUGGCGAAACGGGCGGCAAGAACUUCCACCUGAUCCACUCUUCCGCGGAUAUUAAAAACGCUGCCACGCACACUGUCCGUGGCGCUUUUGAGUACCAGGGUCAAAAGUGCAGCGCAACAUCUCGCGCCUAUGUUCCUCAAUCCCGCUGGGAGGAGUUCAAGUCUUUGCUGGUGAGUGAAACUGAAGCUCUCAAGUCUGGCCCAGCAGAAGAUUUUGGGAACUUUUCAGGACCUGUGAUCCAUGAGACGUCCUUCCAAAAACUUGCUGGAGUCAUCGAUGCUGCAUAUAUGGACUCUAGCCUUCAAUUGCUUGUGGGCGGGAAAUACGAUGGCAGCAAGGGGUAUUUCAUCCAGCCUACUAUCUACGUCACGAAUGAUCCUCACCACAAACUCAUGUCUACCGAGCUGUUCGGCCCCGUCCUAGUUAUCUAUGUUUACGACGAUACUAAGGCCCCCGCAGAGGCAUUUGAGAAGGUCUGCCAGACCAUCAAUGCUACCUCAGAGUACGGUCUCACUGGAUCAGUUUUUGCUGUGAGACGCGAUGCUAUCCGGUACGCGGAAGAAGCACUGAGGAACACAGCUGGCAAUUUCUACAUCAAUUGCAAAUCGACAGGUGCUGUGGUUGGGCAGCAGCCGUUUGGUGGUGGACGCCAGAGCGGAACAAACGAUAAGGCCGGCAGCGCGGCCAUUCUUAGUAGGUUCGUGAGCAUGCGGUCGAUCAAAGAGGAAUUCUCGCCACUUUCCCAAGCGACGUACCCGAGCAACGAGGUAUAA